CAGUUACACAUUUCCCCCCCAAGAGUCUCAGACAGACUUGUCACAGGCUUGGGGCUGGGGACAGAGUGGUGACCAUGGCCGGGCCGGUGUUGUCUCCUGUGCCCAGAAACUGGCUGGUGGUGUUGCUGCUGCUUCUCUCAGCCCAGACUGUGCCGGUGGCCAAAACACAGGACCUGUACCAGAAUCCCAAAGGAAGCGCUUGUUCCCGGAUCUGGCAGAACCCACGUUUCAUAGCCAGGAAACGGGGCUACGCAGUAAAAAUGCAUUGCUACACGGACGGCACCCCUGGCAUGGUGAACUGGCUGCGGAAGCAGGAGACGGAUCCGGAGCCCCAGCCGCUGCACCUGGAGGAGGGACGCAUGCUGCAGACCCAGAACGGCUCCGUCGUCACCCUCACCAUCCAAGGCACCCAGUUUGAGGACAACGGCAUCUACUUCUGCCAGCAGGAGUGCGCUGGGUACCCCUUGGAGAUCUACCAGGGCUGUGGCACUGAGCUGCGAGUCAUGGGGUUCAGCACCUUGGCGCAGCUGAAGCGGCGGAACACCCUGAAGGACGGCAUCAUCAUGAUCCAGACCCUGCUCAUCAUCCUCUUCAUCAUCGUGCCCAUCUUCCUGCUGCUGGACAAGGAUGAAGGCAAGGCCGGGAUGGAGGAGGAUCACACCUACGAGGGCCUGAAUAUCGACCAGACAGCCACCUACGAGGACAUAGUGACGCUGCGGACAGGGGAGGUGAAGUGGUCUGUGGGUGAGCACCCAGGCCAGGAGUGAGGGCGGGACCCUCCCCACGCCCAGGCUCAGCACCCUGGGCCUCAGUGACUGCUUUGGAGCUGCCUGGCUCACAGCCCACCCCCUGGCCCCCGGCGGCCCCUGAAGUGGCCUCCCUGCUCCAGCCCCUGGGGCCACAGCUCUUGGCAAAGGGCUGGAGUGGAAGGGCAACCAGGCGGUGACGUGGAGGGAGUUCUCCGGGGUGGACUGGCCCUGGCCUUCCAAGGGUGCUAGGGGGACCCACCCCCACGCAUGGGACAGUGAAGGCAGAGACUGGGGCGGAUCCUACAAAUGGACUCAGAGCAGAUCGGCUUCCUGAAGGGCCAUGGCCCUUCACUGGGCCCCAGAAGGGCCACCGAGAACUUCAUUCCUCUCUCCUAACCUCUCCCACCCUAGGGGGCCCCUGGCCUCGAGCCCAUUCUCCUGUGGAAUAAACAGUGUGUUUUGA